AUGACAAUACACAGCAAUGUUCCAAAAUUGACAGUAGUUUGUCACACCGUACGCCUCUGUUUGUUACGAGUUUUUUAUUCCAGUGAAAAAUAACAAAAUAUUUUUGGAAGAGGAUAUUGAAUUUUAUAUUUACUCCCUUUAAAUAGAGCAUUCUGAUUGGUCCACUUCACAACCCUUCUCAUCCGGGAAUCGAACUACUAGAACUUUCAUCUAACUAUUCAAAGAGCUUACGAACAACAUCUUUACUGAAGUGUUGUCAUAGCUCCCGUUGAAGAUGUCGCCUGAGUGCGUUGCGCGUCGCGAUGUUACUGCGAGUGGACCGUCGCUCGGCGCUGUCGCCCUCCACGCCUAGCAGCCGCGGCAUGGACAAAUACGAACAGUUGGCUGUGGUGGGCGAAGGUUCGUACGGCGUGGUGCUGAAAUGCCGCCGCCGCGACACUGGCCAACUGGUUGCCAUCAAGAAGUUCCUUGAGACUGAAGAGGACGCCGCUGUCAGGAAGAUGGCGCUGCGGGAAAUACGGAUGUUGAAGAAACUUCGUCACGAUCAUUUAGUGAACAUGAUCGAGGUGUUCCGUCGCAAGCGACGGUUCUACCUCGUCUUCGAGUACCUGGACCACACACUCCUCGACGAGCUGGAGUCUGCCGCCGGCGGGCUCGGCGAGGACACGUCCAAGAAACAUCUCUACCAACUGCUUAAAGGCAUUGAUUAUUGUCAUCAGAAUUCUAUAAUCCACCGAGAUGUGAAGCCGGAGAACGUGCUGGUGUCGAACAACGGCAUCGUGAAGCUGUGCGACCUCGGGUUCGCCAGGGCUCUGGCGGCGCCGGGCGAGCCGUACACGGAGUACGUGGCCACCAGGUGGUACAGAGCUCCGGAGCUGCUGGUCGCUGAACAUAGGUACGGUCCCGAGGUGGACAUCUGGGCCAUCGGCUGCCUGUUCGCGGAGAUGUUUACCGGAGACCCGUUGUUCCCGGGGGACUCUGACAUCGACCAACUCGCGCUCAUUAUCAAGACUGUAGGUAAGUUAGCCCCCCGUCACCAGCAAGUGGUCUCCCGGCUGGCCGGUGGCGCAGCGCUGGCGGGCACCGCUGGCACACGCGGGACCUUGCCCGGGACUGGGCACGCCAAGGACCUGCUCGCCGCGUGCCUCCGCACUGAGCCCAGGGCGCGACCUUCGGCUUCAGCGCUGUUAAGGCAUAAAUACUUCACAUGCGAUGGCUUCACAGAGACCUUUACUGCGGAACUCAGGAAGAAAUUGGGGAAGGAUGUGGAGACGCCAUCGUCUCAGCAGAGCACGACGCGCGUGACCGGCAAGCCGCGGCAGCAGUGGACCCUCAACAUUAUAGCGGAUAACGCUAGAUCUAGGACAGACAGCACUGCGGGCGAAUCUCUCAUAGAUUACAACUAUACGCCAAACCCAGAUGCGCAGAUGGAGACAGCGUCCGUGGACAAAAAGCACACGACAGCGGCUGAGUCCGUGCAAGAGUCUUCUGAACCGAGCGAGGAGUGCAGCGCGUCGCUCCCGCCGCCCGCGCGCCCCGCGCCCCCGCGCUCGCUCGCCAAAGCCAUCAACGACACCUUCCAAACAUUUCCCGUGCCUGUCAAUAUUUACCCGCGGACGCCUUAUAUUAAAAAAGUGAACAACAAACUAGUGAUGGACGAAGAGUUGUUGCGGGGACGCGCCCUCGCGAAGAAGAACACUAAAAAGACUCCGGCGGAACUGUCGCUGCCCUAUGUACCUGGAGCAAGCAACAGUCCAGUGAAGAAGGUGAAAAAGCCCCAUCCGGUGCAACACGGCGGCGGCAAGUCGUACGAGAACUGGGACCAUCUUCGCAGCGGCGUAGAGUUGACCCCGGCGUCGCGCACUCCGACGAACCUCCCGUACAUGUGACUGUACCUCGGCCGCGCCAGGGCCUACUACUGACCACCGACCUUUCCGACACGAUAACAACGAGCAACAACAAUACCAUAACCUCAAAAUAUUCGACAAAAAAUACCAAGUACUUUCACAGUUUGAAAAUUAUAGUUUGACAAUUUCAGUUUAA